AUGGCCGAGUACGACCCUGGUCGCCAGGGUGCUUGGGAAGAUAAUGAGGGCUUUGGGGUGACAGAUGGCGACGACCAGCAAGAUCAUACUCAGCAUAGCAGCCUUGAAGAUCAAGCAGAAUAUUCCGUUGACCCAGCCCCUCAUGCUCCUGGUGACCUUCCAUCUCCUGAUGGUGCCACCGACGAUGUGGGUGACUACGAUCCAGCAUCAGUCGCUUCUGCCCCGGCUCAUGAUCUCACCCCCAAUAUGGCUGUCCAUCCAGGCCCUCUCAAGCCUUCUCCUCAACCCGUUACGAAGAAGCCGCGGACUGCUGGGGGUUUCAUAGACGAUUCUUCAGACGACGAGCCGUCUGGGCCUCCUGUUCCGGCCUCUCUACAAUCCCCUCCAAAUACUAAAGACUCUGCAAUCACCCCUUCCACUGCGCCUCCUGCUACUCAGGCGGCUGCGGCCGCAGCUAUCCCUAUGGAAAGGAUUGGGAACCGCUCGGUAGCUGCUCCCUCCCCUCCACCCGCCCCUGGCUUUGCUCAACGAGCCCCUCGUGACAGAAUAGCCGCUCUCGAGGAUCGCAUCAGGGAUGACACGAGGGGCGCCUUGGACGCUUGGAAGUCGCUGAUUGCCGAGCAUCGGGCGAGGAAUAAUGUCCAAGAAUUGAGACAGGUUUAUGAUCGCUUCUUCGCCAUUUUCCCCCAAGCAGCUGACGUCUGGGCCUCAUACCUGGAGAUGGAGUUGGCCAUGAAUAAUUUCCCCGAAGCGGAGCGAAUAUUUAGCCAAUGUCUCUUAAGCACCCCCAAUGUCAACCUAUGGACCAAGUAUCUUGACUACAUCCGCCGCCGAAACGACCUCAACGACGGCUCUGGACAUGCCCGUCAGACCGUCUCACAGGCAUACGAAUUCGUGAUCGACAACAUUGGCCUGGACAAGGAUUCCGGUAAAAUCUGGACCGAAUACAUCCAGUUCAUCAAAUUUGGGCCUGGAGCGGUUGGAGGGAAUCAGUGGCAGGACCAGCAGAAGAUGGACCAGCUGCGCAGGGCUUACCAACGGGCAAUUUGCGUUCCCAUGGCUCACGUCAACGCUUUGUGGAAAGAAUAUGACCAGUUCGAGAUGAGUCUCAACAAGUUGACCGGUCGCAAGUACCUUGCUGAAAAAUCCGCUUCGUAUAUGUCAGCCAAGAGCGCCAACACGGCGCUCGAUAACAUCACCCGGGGCUUGCAGAGAACAAAUCUCCCACACCUUCCACCGAUGCCCGGGUUCGACGGCGAUCAGGAGUACAUGGAGCAGGCCAAGAUCUGGAAAAGGUGGAUCGAGUGGGAGAAGUCUGACCCCUUGGACCUGAACGACGACAAGGAGCAACCUGGCCUCUACCAGAAACGCAUCCUCUAUGCCUAUAAUCAGGCUUUGAUGGCUUUACGAUUCUGGCCUGAGAUGUGGGCCGAUGCCGCCCAGUGGUGUUUCGACAAUGAUAUCACGACCACGGACAACAAGACUCCGCGAGAUGGUAACACUAACGGUCUGGAGUUUCUCAUCAGAGGUAUUGAGGCGAACCCAGAGAGCGUUUUGCUAGCUUUGAAGCACGCCGACCACAUUGAGUCGACGUACCCGGCAGAGGAAAGUGAUGACGCCAAGACUAUCCGGGGACAGGCUGUGCGAGCUCCAUAUGACAAAGUCUUGGAUACGUUAUACGGCAUCAUCCAAGCCGUUAAAGAUCGGGAAGCGGCUCAAAUUGCCAUGGUCGAGGAAUCAUCUGUUGGCCAUGCCAAAGCAGAAGAUGAAGAAGACGGCGAAGAAGCUGGGACUCCCGACAUGAUAACGAAGGAUAAUAGUGCUCGGAAUGACCACAAGAUCAAGGCUAUUCAACAGGGAGCCGCUAUGCAAACCCAAGUGAUCUCCCGCACCAUCUCCUUUGUCUGGAUUGCCUUGAUCCGCGCAAUGCGUCGGAUUCAAGGGAAGGGCAAGCCUGGCACAGCUCUUGGGGGCAUGCGGCAAGCAUUCACAGAUGCCCGCCAACGUGGCCGUCUCACCAGCGAUGUAUACGCCGCCGUGGCGCAGCUAGAAUGGACGAUAUAUAAAGAGGCUGCAGGAGGCAAAAUCUUUGAUCGCGGGGCCAAACUCUUUCCCGAGGACGAAAACUUUACUCUGGAGAACAUCAAGUAUCUCCAUUCACGAGAUGACUUUACUAAUGCUCGGGUCCUCUUCGAAACUGUAGUCAAUCGCCUCACCCAAAAGCCCGAAUUGGUCCACAAGGCGAAGCCUCUAUAUGCCUACUUUCACAAGUAUGAGUCGCAGUUUGGAGAACUAGCCCAAAUUGCCAAGUUGGAAAAGCGCAUGACCGAGCUCUUCCCCGAAGACCCAACUCUUUCGCAUUUCAACGCCCGGUACUCGAGCGAUAAAUUUGACCCCAUCGCAACGCGCAUCGUCGUAUCUCCUGCGACACAGCUCAAAUCCAAGCAACUGGUGCCUUCGAUCGAACAAGCCAAUUCGAUGCCCAACUCACCUCGCCCGCAACCAUUCGUCACGCAAAAUAGCCCUCGCCCUCAGUUCCUUCAAGCUACCAACUCUCCAAAGAGGCCACUACCCAUCGACGACUUCGACGAGCCUAACCCGCCGCGAAAGAUGCAGCGCAAUGAUUACCACGAGUUCCAGCGUGGCGCAUCGCCUCUCAAGGGAGCUGCUGGUCGCCGACUGGAUCAGCAACGUCGAAUGCAAGGCCAGGGCGCUGCCUCGUACAGUGCCGCUCCUGCCCCAAUCGCCCGAGAUAUCACAUUCCUCCUCAGUCAAAUUCCACGAGCGGAGACAUAUGACUAUCAUCGCAUAAAUACCGGGAAAAUUAUUGGGCUUCUGCGCGAUACUGCGGUGCCAGAUUAUGGGGUGUGGAAAAUCAAUAGGGACGAGCCGGGGAACCCAGCUCUUCGCGGAGGCCAUGCUCCAUCACACAACCGACAAGCCUCUGCCGAGUAUCCUUUGCAGUAUGGCUUCCAGAACCGCGACUCGCCUGCUCCCCCGGGCCGUCCAAUCAGUCCUUAUGCCGGAUCCCGCUUGACGUCCGGCUCUGCUACUUAUAGGCAAACAUCUGUGCGGCCGGGAUCUAGCGGGUCCUACGAGCCGCCACCUGCUGCAUACUCACAACAAGGCAUUCCGCAGUCACAGGCUCCCUAUACUCACAUGUCGCAAGCAGCAUCUCAGGGGCAAUUCGAGGGUAAUGUUUGGCCCGUCUACAAUGCGCCUGCCUCUGCUCCUGCACCUCCUGCCAUACAACAGAACUACGGGGCACCGCCACCGAUGGGGUAUAGCCAAGCUGCACCUCAGCAGGCUUUCCAACGGUAUCCCUAUUGA